AUUCACCUAGAAGAAUUUGACAUUCAAAAUUAGGUUUAUUUUGACUUUUAAUUUAUUUAUUUAUGAUACUAUAUUAUAAGAAUUAAAAUGUCGUUCCCAUUAGCAAAUAAAUUAUACCCGGCAAAUCACAAAACAACUUUUGUAUUGGAUCACACACCAUAUUUUGGAAUAUCUUGCGAAAACCCAAUUGAAUUCGAGUUUUUAAAAAGUCGUACGCCGGGUUUCAUCCCCAUGAAUCCAAUUUCAAAAUCUCUUUGGACUUCUAGCGUCGAAUCUGCUAUAGAAUAUUGUAGGAUAGUAUGGGAUCUAUUUCCACAAGGAAAACUGGUAAGGUUUAUAGCGAGUGAUACAGUAGCUCACAUUUUGAAUACAUGGAGUGCUGCUCAACAAAAUUUAACACAUAUUAUGAAUGGUAUGUCUCUAAUAGGCGUUCCACCUCCUCCGCCUCCAAUUAGAGCGGUAAGUACUCCGCUAGAUCAUACAGUAUUACACGGAUUACGUGCUGCUAUAGAAGCAUUAAGCGAACCGACAGAUCUACAAUUAGAAAAAAUGAAAACAGCUGGAGACAAUAUGAAAAUUUUAAACAAUACUAGAGUAAUAUGUAUCACAUCAGCUAGAGACAAUGAAAGUAUGAAACGUUUAGAAGAUAUUUUCUUGACAGUAUUAAAUCAACAAAAUAAACUAUCCGCUACUUCAGACAAGUUAUUACCAAUCCAUCAUUGCCAUUUGGUGAUUAUUAAUACUUUUCCUAUAAAUAUUGAAUCACAGGUUAAUAAUCAUCCCGCUAAGAAUCUCUCACAAAUAUUAACAACUGAAGUACAUUCGAUUAAAGCUCCACAAAUACCCAACAAAUUAUCUUCCCUCAUUUUGGAACAUUAUGAUUUAGCCAGUACUACAGUUACCGGUAUACCCAUGAAAGAGGAGCAGAAUGCUUCCUCGUCUGCUAAUUAUGAUGUUGAAAUUUUUCACGCCAGCUCUGCCCACACGGCCAUUUUAAAAGGAAACGCCUCAGAUUCGGCUGCCAUAAGAACUGUCAAGGAUGGCAUGGAGUAUGAAACUACGACUCUAAAAUGGUGUACCCCGAGAGGAAUGACUGGAUCAGAAUUACAAAAUUGUACUUCAAUGCAUCGAAUCACUCCAGUCGAUGUAAAUUCACGUCCCUCAUUAUGUCUGAUUAAUUUUCUACUUAAUGGUCGAUCGGUGAUGUUGGAAAUGCCAAGGAAAGCCGGAGGAAAGAUAACAAGUCAUUUACUAGCUGCCCAUGGUGGAGAAAUAUUUAUUCACACCUUGUGUACCGCUAGAUCAGUUUUGGAAGAUCCUCCUUCAAUAUCGGAAGGUUGUGGUGGAAGAGUAACGGAUUAUCGCAUAACAGAUUUCGGAUUGUUGAUUAAACAAAAUACUUUACUACCUAUAAAAGUGAAGAAUAACGAGGAAACUGAACAACCGAUACAAAAAAUGAAAACUAGAUUAAACAGAAUGACAAACUACUGGCCCAUGACGAUCAGUUCCACAUUUAUAUUCAAUUUGAAAAACUAUUUCGAUCCGCUACCGACUCUAAUAACCAAAGAUAAAAUAACCGAUGAAGAGGUAUUCCAAUGUAAAAAGGUCAUCUAUAAUUUAAUUUCUUUGGAAUCUAAGAUGGAGCCCCUCCAUCCGCUCAAUUCUGGUCAAAGAAUGAAGAGUCAAAAAAGAGAGGAACAAUACAAAGCUAUGUGGAACGAACUUGAAACAUUGGUGAAGAAUAAUUUGCAUUCGGAUAAUCACAGGAGCGUUUAUACGUGUCUGUUGGAAUGCCAUAAAUUUAAUUUUGAUGAAGAUAAAAUUUCUGAUAAAGUGGAAUUGGAUGAAGCGUUACAUCAAUUGGAUAAUAUCGGUCCCGGAAAACCGGACUCUGAUAUACAAAGAGCGUCAGUUAUUAGAGCCACUACCGAUUCUCCCAUGUCUCCACCACCUCUGACGAGUAUAGCUCCUCCGGUUUCGAAGAACACAACAUCAAACAAAAACAGUGGGAUUUAUAAUAAUCAGAAAAGUUUACUCGAUAUAUUUAUGGCACAAGAAAAAGUAAAAACGAGACCAGAAUUCACGGGGAGACAAGGCGACAGUUUGAUCUGGAAAUUAUACCCCAAUCUCAAAACUGACGAUCGAGGCCCAAGGGAAAACAUGGAAGUCGAAUGAUUUUAUUAUGUUUAAAAAUUUAUUAUAAUUAAGCUCAAAUUUUUAGAUUAAAAAGAUAUUUUCUUCCAA